ACUUCAACUUUGAAAACUUUGAACUGUUUACUUUUUACCUCUUGACAUCUGCAUACCAAACCUCUGGAAACUCAUUCGCGCUUCAAUCGGCAUACCGAACCUCCGACAGUCCAACAUGUCCAAGCUCACAGACUUCAAACUCCUGUCCUUUGACGUCUACGGCACUCUGAUUGACUGGGAAGCUGGUGCCCUGACAGCGUUGCAGCCCAUGCUCAAGAAAUCCGGGAAAGAAGAUAUGGAGCGCAAGCAUAUCAUGCAAGUCAUGCACAAGAUCGAAGCGCGUGUGGAAAGGGAACACGGAAAUCUCAAAUACUCCGAGGUCUUGGCUAUGGUACUCCCCGAGCUAUGCGAAGCGUUGGGGUUGGAGAAACCAAGCGAAGACGAAUGCAACCAAUUCGGAGCAAGUAUAGGGCACUGGCCUGGAUUUCCCGAUAUCCCCGAAGCACUUCAGCGUUUGUCCCAGCAUUACAAGCUAGUUGUUUUAUCGAAUGUCGACAACGACUCAUUUCAGAUCGGCAAUGCGAAUGGACUGAAGGGCUACAAGUUUGACGCUGUAUACACCGCUCAAAACAUUGGGUCCUACAAGCCUGAUCUCAGGAACUUUGAAUAUAUGCUCAAGCAUGUCAAGGAGGACUUUGGGGUCGAAAAACAUGAAGUACUACAGACUGCACAAAGUCAAUAUCAUGAUCAUCAUCCGGCAAAGGAUAUGGGGAUCAAGAGCAGCUGGAUCUAUCGACCGGGUGCGGUCAUGGGAAACAGAGACGACCCGGUGUAUAACUGGAAGUUUGACACUCUUGCUGACAUGGCUGACGCGGUCGAGAAGGAGUUUGCUGAGCUGAGCAAGUAAAGAUAAAUGCAGAGUAACGGUGCGGGCGACGAUACUACAUGGUUAUGCAUCCCAUGCAUUGCAACCUUGGAAGGCUAGAAAGAAAGAUAGCUAGCCAAAUUAGUCAACUCCCCUGUACAUCUAAACCCAAAUUGCUUUA